ACUGCAAACUUUGCAAACCUCGGCUGCGCCAAAACCUGCACUUGUGAACUUCAUUUGACGAUUUAAUCGGAAAAGACAUCACUUUGGGACCCAGACUUCACCCAGACUUCUACGGACCGCCUCCUGACUCUGACUGCGAGACUUCUGGGAGGAAAAACACGUGAGAUCUGUGUGAGCCAAAGCCCAGCUGUGCUCGUGACGUCCAGACCUCCUGCACACGUCCUCACAUCUGGAGUUAAGUCCUCACACACUCAUGGACACAAUCACAUACACAUCUAAACAAACAUGCACAUACAUACUCAGAAACAUAUACACUCGCCCACUCAUGCAAACACGCAUACUCCCUACUGCUCCUGCUAUGCCCUUCUCUGCUACUUCUGCUAUGCCCAUCUAUGUUGUUCCUAUUAUGCCCCCCUCCUGCCACUCCUGCCAUAGCCCUCUCUGCUGCCCGCGCUAUGCACCUUUCUGCUGCUCCUGCUCUGACCCCCCUGCUGCUCCUGCUAUGCCCCUCCCUGCUACUCCUCCUAUGCCCACCUCUUAUGCUCCUGCUAUGCUCCUCCCUGCUACUCCUCCUAUGCCCACCUCUUAUGCUCCUGCUAUGCCCCUCCCUGCUACUCCUCCUAUGCCCACCUCUUAUGCUUCUGCUAUGCCCCUCCCUGCUACUCCUCCUAUGCCCACUUCUGAUGCUCCUGCUAUGCUCCUCCCUGCUACUCCUCCUUUGCCCACCUCUGAUGCUCCUGCUGUGCCCACCUCUACCGCUUUUGCUGGUAAGCUCCGCACUCGUCGUAGGUUUCGCCAUGUUCCUUACGCUCAGGCACGCUCUGCUGCCCCUGCUAUUCCUGCUGUGCCCACCUCUGCUGCUCCUGCUCUGCCCACCUCUACUGCUUCUGCUUGCAAGCUCUACACUCGUCCUAAGUUUCGCAUUGUUCCUUAUGCUGAGGCACGUGCUGCUGCUCCUGAUAUGUACCUCCCUGAUCUUCCUGAUACGCCCACUUCUACUGUUAAUCCUCUGAACCCCUAUGAUUGGUAUGCCCCUGCCUGCUCUGUAUACGUGGCACUCCGCUGACUUUUUUCUGGCACUCCACUGAUCCCAACUGACUAUGACAUUGUAUCAUAUUGUAUAUAGGUGUGGAAAAAAAAAAGUUUUUUUAUAUAUAUAUAUUGAUAUUGAUCUGUCAGACAGGGCUGUGUUUAUCUGCUUUGCAUGUUUCCUCAGAAGGGUCACGUGAUGGUGUAGUGUCAAGUUUUGUUGGCGGCUUACAUGGUUUUGUCAGACAGUAGGAGAAGCAUACGCCCCCUACUGUCUGAUGCCUUCUCCAGGACUGCAUCCCAUUGCAUUUUGUUUGUCUAUUCCUUCCUGAAUUGAAGGACUUUGAAUGGGGAAAGGUCCUCACCUGAUACUCUGAAAGAUAUAAUAUUUAGAUUUGAAUUGCUUAAUUGGUAUGACCACAGAGGGUGGUAGCUAUAGCUUGAAACCCAUGAUAUGGCUGUUUCUGCUUGGAAAACAAGAACGAGCAGGUCCAAGGAGCAUAAAUUGUGACAAGUGAGCCUACUUCUUAUCACACACAGGAUAAAAUGCCAAACAGUAGGGGGGGCUUCAGACUUUUUUUUUGCAGUGCCUGACUAUUUAUGCAUAUACAAUCUAAUUUGCAUAUGUAUAUAUGUGUAAAAACAUAUUUUAUGUUUGUGAUCUGAAUUUGUGGAUCUCCUAAUUUGUGUAUUCUUCAUCAACGCUUUACACAUUCCAUGAUAUAUAUAUUAUGCAUUGUGGAAAAAUCUGAGAUUUUGAAUUCAUUGUUUUUGCUGCAUCAAUAACUUAAUAUAACACAUUUUCACCCCCACAGGGUGCGUACCCUACUCUGCUGUUUAGUGCCUUAUCCCAUGUGUGUGAUAUGCUCCUUGAACCUGUUCGUAUUUUUAUUUUCAAAUACAAACAGCCAACAGACAAACAAGAUGCUGUAGGAUGCAGUAGGGGGCGUAUGCUUCCCCUACUGUCUGGCAAAACCAUGUAAGCCGCCUACAAAACACUCCACUACACCAUCACUUGACCCUUCUGAAAAUGUCCCUAAAUUACAUAUAUACAUAUAAGUAUUAGUUAUUAUUCUGCAGUUUUGUUGUAAAUAGUGUGGUUCUUGUGUUUUAGUGUG